AUGGCAGAAGCGCACCAAGAGGCCAGUGGCCGUGCUCAUCUGCUUCUACCACAUACAGUGGAGCCCAUAAUAUACACAUCACGGGCUCGCUACUCGGACGGCGCUGGGCCUGCCCGGGAGACCAGCCUCCUGCUGCCGCUGCUCGACGAGUGCGAGCUGCGGCUGUCGCCGGCGCAGGCGGAGGUGUCGUGGCUGGAGGUGCCUGCGCCGGCGGCGUGGGGCGGCUGCCGGCUGCGCUGGCCGGGCCCCUCGGUGCUGGUGACGCUGCUGCGGCUGAACGCGGCCUGCGACGGCGGCGGCGGCGGCCGGCUGCGGCUGGGCGCGCGCGCCCUCUGCGGCAAGCUGCAGGAGCUGCCGGCCGGCGCGCGGUCCCAGCACCUGCCGCCGCCCGCCGCGCCGCUGCUGCUGGCGGGCCGGCCGCGCUUCGCGCUGCGCUACCGCCUCGUCGACGCCUGCUACGACCAGCGCCUCGACCGCCGCAACGGCUCGCUCGCCCUCGACGUGCCGCCCGGCCUCGACUGCACCUUCCGCCUGCUCCAGCCCUACGGCCAGCGCGUCCGCCUCGAGCUCGCCGUAGGCCGCGGCGCCGACGACGUCCAGCAGGAGUCGGAGCCCUGGCAGGAGGGGUCGCACCACGGCCGCUGCGACCCCGGCGUGCUGGUGAUGCUGAGCGCGCCUCGAGACACGGCCGACGACGACGACGACGAUGACGAGGCCGGCGCCGACGAGGCGAGUGGGGGCGGCAGUGGCGAGCAGAGGGUUCUGCACUGGGGGCUGUGUGCCGAGCCGGGGGCGGCGCCCGUUCGCGUCGUCCUCACCGCCCCCGCCAACGCCGCCACGCUCAGGGUGUUGGCGUCGUCGGCGGGUCUGGAGGCAGCGGUGCCGCUGCGGCUGCGCUACGCCGCGGUGGCGGACGCCGCGCUGGAGGCGGGCUGCGGCUACGGCUGGACGGCGCUGUCGGAGGGCCGGUGCGCCGCCGCCGUGGCCGCCGCCGACGCAGACGAACGCCUCAGCUGGCCGCGCGCGCAGCAGCGCUGCAGAGACCUGCGCGGGCACCUGGUCAGCGUCGCCUCCGCCGCCGCGCAGCUGCGCCUCGACCGCCUGCUGCGCGCCACGCACAGCGAGGACGCUGAUGUGGCCUACUGGAUAGGCGCCACCGACCGCACGCUGGAGGGGGACUUUCACUGGAGCGACGGCCAGCCCUUCCAGUAUUCCAACUGGUUCCCGCAGCAGCCCAACGACGACGCGCUGGCCGAGCAGAACUGCGUGGAGGUGCGGCGCUCGCUGGCCGGACACCGAGACCGCUCCUUCCGCUGGAACGACCGCUCCUGCGCCGUCCGCAACGCCUUUGUCUGCCAGCGCCGGCGCGACACUCCCAAGCAGCAGCCGGGCGGCGCGGACGCAGAGGCCCGCGAGGCGGCGUCGGCGUCGGCGUCGUGCCGGCGGCCGGUGCGGCUGUCGAGGGAGGCGCCGCGCGCCACCGCCUCCUCCCCCGGCUUCCCCCGCCACUACCCGGACAACGCCGACUGCUUCGUCGACGUCGCCGCACCGGACGGCUACCGGAUCGUCGUAGACUUCGAGGAACUCGUCCUCGAAGACGAACCCACGUGCAGCUACGACUACCUGCAGAUCCUGGAGCCAGUGGGGAACAGUAACAGCAGCGUAGCCACGCGACGCCUCUGCGGGGACUGGAGCUCUCGCCUCAAGAAGCUGCGCUACGUCAGCCAGGGCCCCGCCCUGCAGCUCAGGUUCUUCUCCGACUACUCGCACCACUACAGCGGCUACAAGGCGCGAAUCUCCAUGGAACAAGCCGCAGUAGAGUGCGCAGACGAGCGGCUGCAGGUGUUCAACAGCUCGUGCUACCUGUUCGUCAGCUACCCGCAGGUCUCGUGGCAAACGGCCCGGCAGACCUGCCAGGACAGGAAGGCGGAGCUGGCGAGCAUCGGCAGCCCUGAGGAGCAGAGCUUCGUGACUGCGAGCAUCCGCAACUCUCCGGAAUACAGCACGGCCGCCGUGUACUGGCUGGGAGGGCGCGCCGUCCCUGCCGCCAGCGCAUCCAGGGGGCGCGGCGCAUGGAUCUGGGCGUGGGCCGACGGCGCGCCCAUCUCCUACUCCGGCUGGCUGCGGGACCAAGAACACACGCCGCAGUCGGGCGCUUGCCUGGGACUGCAGUGGGUCAGCUCGCCCAACCCGCAGGUGCCCAGCGGCCUCUACUGGCAGCGGCAGCGCUGCACCGCCGUGGGCGGCUACGUCUGCAAGAGGAGCAACCAAGUGACGGAAGGCGGCGUGCAGCUGAACCGGACGGUCAACGGCACGGAGGGCUUCCUGACGUCGCCCAACUUUCCGGGCGGGUACGGGCCCAACCUGGACUACUGGGUGCGGCUGGCGGGACCAGCGGGAUCGCGGCUCGUGCUGCGCUUCACGCGCCUCGACCUGGAGCCGCAGCAGGACUGCCUCUACGACUACAUAGAGCUGCGCUCCCUGCUGCCGCAGCCCGCCACCGGCGACGACGACGCCGACGCCGACGCCGAGCGCGCGCCAGAUUCGCGAGUCGUCCGUUGCGGCCGACACGACGACGCCGACCUGCACAGACUGAACUUCGUGUCGGAGAGCAACGAGGCGCUGCUGCACUUCCACUCGGACUACUCGGUGUCCGGCGGAGGGUUCUCGGCGUCGUGGCAGGCGGUCGACGUGUCGGGCUGCCCGCUGCAGACGCUGACCGCGCGCGAGGGCCGCCUGAAUAGCCCCAACUACCCGCACUUCCUGCUGGCGCAUCUCGACUGCGCUACCACCAUACUGGCGCCAGCGGGAAGACGCGUGUGGUUGGAGUUCUCGGAGUUCUCGAUCGGCGCCGGCGAGGCGCUGCUGGAGGUGGACCUGGGCGGCGGGCAGGCGGCCUUCCAGCCGUUCCAGUCUCCCUCGCACCUCACCGACGGCGUCUUCCUCUCCGUCGGCGAGCGGCUGCAGGUGCGCCUGCGCACCGCCGACCGGCCCAGUGGAGCCGGCUUCAGCGCCGUCUACAGGACAGUGGGCGCGGCGCUGGAGCGCCGCGUGCUGCGGCUGGCGAGCGGCGCGGUGGGCUCCCUGCUGCACCUCAACUGGCCGCGGCCGCCGCCCCCGCACGUCGACCUGGCCACGCUGCUGGUGGCGCCGCCCGCGCACACCAUCCUGCUCGAGCUGCACCACGUCGCGCUCGCCCUCGCGCCCACCCCCGCCGCCGAUGCCGCGGCCCCCGCCUCCGGCACCGCCGACGCCGCCACCCCCUCGUGUCCCGACGGUGCAGGGAUACUCGAGGUGCGGGACAGCUACGCAGACAGCAACGGCACGGCGUGGCUGCUGUGCGAGGCGCACAACGUGCCGCCGCUGGCCAUCGCCUCCUACCUCAACACGCUCAACGUCCGCCAACGAGGGGCGGACAGGGGCGUCACGCUCAACGCCACCGUCCGCGUGCAGCCCGACGCCAACUACAAGCUGAAGCUGCUGCGAGGUUCUGAGGACGGCAGCGUGGAGUCGUGCAACCCCAGCCCCUGCCUGAACGGCGGCCGCUGCCUCAGCAGUGGCAACCGUCACUCCUGCCAGUGCACCAGCCACUACACAGGCAUGUUCUGCGCGCUGACGCUGUGCGAGCUGGAGCCGUGCCUGCACGGGCAGUGCCGUCUGACGGAGACGGGGUACGCCUGCCACUGCCAGCCCGGCUUCACGGGCGCCACCUGCGACCGCAAGCAGCGUCCGUGCGCCGACAACCCGUGCGAGGGCCGCGGCGAGUGCCUGGAGCGCGGAGACGCCUUCCACUGCCGCUGCCACGCCUGGUGGGAAGGGCAGAGGUGCGAGCGGCGGAUGAUGCACAUCCCGUUCAAGCCGCUGUCGGAGCGGAUGCUGCAGGAGCCGUUCUGGCUGGGGCUGAUCACGGUGACGGUGGUCCUGCUGCUGAUCGGGCUGGUGUGGUGCGCCAAGCGGCACUUCCCGGAGAAGCUGGAGAAGCUGCUGGCCGAGGAGGCCGACCGCAGUCGCAGUGUGCACUCGCGGCCGCCGUCGGUGCGUGACCAUCUGGCGGGAGCCGGCGCCGCCGCCGUCGUCGUGGUGCCGAGCCCACAGCCCGGCUGCCCUCGCUCCCUGCUAGGCCGCCUGGGUAUCCGCAAACCUUCGCUCCUAAGCCUCACCAGCCCACACGGCUACAACAGUCACCCAUCUGCUGCCACAGCAAGAACCUUUAGUUUGGACGAUUUGCUUAAACCACCACCCAGAAGAACGCCUUCACCUCGUAAGAAGCGCAACAACUCGACGCCGACCAAGAAGAACGCGGCGGAGAAGAAGCAGAUCCUGCAGCAGCUGAUCAACCAGCAGCCGUCCCGCAAGGUGAGCAUCGGGGAGCUGAUCCAGCUGAGCGAGCGCAAAGCCCAGGAGCAGCAGCAGCAGGCGGGCGCCAGAGAGGCCGAGACCGCCUUCGGCAGCACGGAGGGCACCCCUGACUCCGGCGCCAUCAUGGACGCCAAGCUGGAGAAGAAGGUGACGUUCGCACGCCUGUUGAGCAAAGUGUCGGCGGAGAUGAGCUCCGGAGGCUCUGACGGCGAGGUGGUGAGCCGGCCUGCGCAGCUGUCAGGGCUGAUGUCAGCUGCGGCCUCUGGGAGCAACGGCGCCUCUGGAGCAGCAGCUGCCGCCCUGCCGCGCUCCGCCAGCAGUCCUCACAGCACCAGCAGCACACAGGGCAGCGACUCCGUGUCGAGCGCGGAGGUGUCUCGCCGGCGAGCGUCGGGGCCAGCGACGACGGGUGCGCCGCCGUCGGCGGACGCCAUCCUGGCCAUGUUCCGCACGUUCGCGCGCGCGCCCACGCCCUCCACGGCCUCCAGCCCGCAGGACGACGACGACGACGCCUCCUCCACCACCUCGUCCGUGCCCUCCUCCAGCCUCACGGUGGAGUCGCCGCCGCCGUCGAUGCGCAACACGAUCGAAGUGCCGGUGCUGGACGCGCUGUCGCCGCACCGCGGCUCGUCCAACCUGCUGCACCCGCCCAGCAUCCUGCUGGAGCUGCCUGCCAAGUGCCUGUCGCCCAUCACGGAGAUGCCGACGCCCGUCCCCACGCCCAUCAUGUCUCGCCACGGCUCCUGCGCCGCGCUGCCCGCCAUCACCCUCACCCCCAACGAUCACGACGACGCAGAGAGCCGUCAGUCGUCUGGCGGGCGGACGUCGCCCGCCGCCGCCGCAGCCUCUCCCGCCAACCCCUCGGCCGCAGCCUCCACGGCUCCGCCGCCCCCGCAGGCCGCCCCCGCCGUGUUGGUGCCCACGCUGUGGGUGCAGCACGCGUCGCCGCCGGCAACGCCGCGCGCGCGCUCUCUGUCGACGACGUCCGCCGGCGCGCCCGGCUCGCCGCCCCCGCAGCAGCGCCGCCAGAUGCUCAAGGAGCUGGACAAGCCCGCCUCCCUGGACCUGCCGUGCCCGCCGCCCAUCAUCACCGUCACCUGCAACCUCAGCGAGCCUGACUCGGACGACGACGACGACGACGACGACGACGUGGGCGCGGGCGCGAGGCGGCGGCGGCCCGCGUCUGCAGCGAGCGCGGGGGGCGGCGGGGGCGGCGGCCCUUCCGGGCUGGCGCCGGCCGUGGCGCCCUCCAUGUGCUACCUCAGCCCCUUCUCCAUGUGCUCGCGCGCCGACCGCACCGCCUCCGAGUCCAACCUCAGCUCGUCCGGCUACAGUUCCAUGGCCAGCCCGGGGCCGUCGCGCUGCGGCUCGAACAACCCGCUCUGUCCCAGCGAGACGGACGAGCCGCCGCCCCCCGGCCCCGGAGGCCCCCCGCCGCCCUCCUCGGGGCAGACGUCGGCGCGGCGCGCCUCGCCGCUGCUGCUGCUGCCGCCCGCCGGUUCGCAGGCGCCGCCCACGACGCAGCUGCGCCACCUGCACACGCAGCACGACGCCGCCGCCCUCGUUCUGUCUCCGGACGCAGACGCCGGCGGCGACGGCACGCCACCCGCGGGCGCCAGCGGCGCCGCCCCCACCGCGGCUGCGGGGGUAUCGGCGGGCACCUGCACCACCGCUGGGGGCGGCAGCGGCACCGCCACCGGAGCCGGGGGCGGCGCCUCCCCUGCCGAUGCGGGCUGCCCGCGCGCGCGCUCCGACUCGGAGACCCUCUCGGACGACAUCUUCCUCGAGUCCAACGACGAGGGCAUCGGCACCGACCACAUCGACGAGAAGAUCGAGGAGGGCGAACUCAAGAGCGCAAAGGAGCUCGAGGUGUUCAUCGGGAAGGAGCUGGUGGAGUCGGGGAAGACGCUGCUGGGGCUGAGCGCGAGCCGGUCGUCGCUGCAGCUGCCCAGCAUCGUGGUGCACGGCCAGGAGCAGUCGCCGUCGCCCGUCAGCUCGCGCAGCGACAGCCCGCUCAGUGAGAAGGCCGCCAACAGCCUCGCUCUCGGCCUCGUGGGCUCCGGAAUCGCUAGGCUGACGCGCGGCGAUUCGGACGGCCUCUACGAGUGCGCCACGGCCGGCGCUCACGCCACAGAGCUGCGGCCCAGGAGAUCCGGCGGCCGCCGCCACCGGCACCGCAGCGGCGCCCAGCCGGGCUGCUCGACGUCGCCCGCGCUGCCGCUGGCGCAGCCGCUGCCGUCGCUGCCGCCGCGUGCCAAGAGUCCGCUGCCAGAACUACUGGACGUGCCGCUGAGGGAGCGACGCAAGCAGAGCCCCAAGCGCGCACGCACGCGCGUCUCACAGCUGCCCGCCUCCACCUCCUCCUCCUCAGAGAGCCUCGACUCCGCCAGGGAGAUGACGCUGCGGCUGUCGUCAUCGGAAAAGGCUCUGUGCCCGGAAAGGCACUGCUGGUCUGGCGGCUCCUUUGAUGAGGGCCGGCGCUUGUCCAUAGAAGCUUCCGGCGAAGACACGGGAGAGGAUGUAAUGAGCCAGAUGUUGCCUAAGACCUUGCUCAGAGGGGAAGACUUGCCUAAGUCCAGUAAGAAGAUCAGUCGACUGCGUACUAUCGGUCAUCAGAUUAGAUUCCUGCGACGUCUAGAGCAGAGCCUGAAGCGACGUGAGUGUCUGGUGAGCCCAUCGGACAGUCUGGAUGAAGAGGAGCCUCCACUGUUGCACAAAAGUAGCAGCUAUGGACAGUUGCAGGCAAGCGGCCAUGGACACCACCGCAACCGCCGGCUGCGCCGCCAAGGCGGUUUGCUUGUGCCACAACUACGAGUCACCAGUGCCAGUGGUGGUCACAGCAACUGAUGUGAUGGGGGCAGACUUAAAACUGUUUGUACACAUCACUUAACAGCAUAUAAGUGAUGUGGCAACAUAUGAUUGCACAAAUGGUGCCACUGAAUGUGGACAGGAGCACCAACCAUUUAUAAAGCAUCUGAAAUGACAGUGCAGAGGCAGGAUCUCAUGCUAUGUUGGAGGUUUCCAGUGCCUCUGAAAGACAUAGUAAUGAUACAGGAUGUGUCUCCUGCAUUUAAGCAGAACAUCUCCACCAGCACAAAGCAUCACAUUGGUGUAAUGACACAUGGAUAGACAAUGGCAGACCAGUUAUAGAAUAGUGGCAUUAGUAAUGGACAAAGCUGGAGGCACAGUGACAGGUUACCAGUUCCAUAAACAAACAACUUGUGUUCAUGUUGAUGUGGUGACACAAAGCCUGACUGCUAGUGCCAAAGCUCUGUGUCAUCAGAAUCUGUGGCAGACUGUGGUGGACACAGCAACUGUGGUGGACACAAUUGUAAUGGACACAGCAACUGAUGUGACAACGUAGGGGAGAGGGUCACUGCACGUCAGCAGCGCCGACUCUCGGUGCGGCAACCACCGUGGCCUACUGGCACACCAGCUACCAGUCAUGUCUGCCAAUCUCUAUAGAGGAAGACCACCUCAUCGACACAGUGCAGAUGGUGCCUGUAGUGUUACAAUUAGUCCAUGGAACUCUUAUCUAUUAACAGUUUAUGUGUGUGGCAAAAUGGCAUCACUGCUGCUACUAUAAAACUAGUCGUCUGCAUUAUUUGCUCUUAUUUGUCAGGCAAUGAACUGUGAUGUCUUUGGUAAGAUGGUCAAACCUUUUACAUUUUUAUGUAACUUACAUCAACAAUGCUACAGCUGCAAGCGUUAAUAUGAUACCAUUUAUUGUAUCUGCACAAAAGCAAUUGUCAUUUAAUCAUUGAAAAUUAUGUUUCCACAUGAAAAAGAAGAUAGUAUUUUUUCUAUUCCUUGCUGCAUUUCUCUAUUAACCUUCUCAGCUUGACAACACUCUAUAUCAAGACAUGUAAUCCAACAGGAACAUUGCAAACUUCCUGGACCAACUGUCAAAAUACAUCAGUGGAUUGUGUGGUUCGAGUUAUCAGCAUGGAAAAGAGUGAAAACAGCAUAGCAAGAAAAAUGUAUAAAAACUUUUUCAGGCACUAUGUGUCCUACAGUGGUGCUGCUCCUACCUUCAUUAUUUUCAUAACUCCAUUCUGAAGCAAUACUGUCGUCUGAGAGAAGUCACAGCAUUAUUUUUGAAGAAAAAAUUAUUUUGAUAUAAUUUGCUUGCAACUGUUCUCUGGUACCACAGUUUAUGAAGUGAACUCUAAGUUAAGCUAGUAGUGAUUACAAUCAACCUGUGCACUUCAGUGACAAUUAUAGACUGAGUUUUCUAUAUCCUAUUUCAAAGGAGUUCUGUGGUAAGGAGUUCUGGUCUCUCAUGAAUAAAUACUGUGUUCCUGCACUAAAAAACGUGGUAUGACAUCUAUCAUACCAGUAAUUAUCCUUGUUAGAGAUAUUGCUCACUGGCAACACAUUGUGGGUAUUUGUGCCUCUCCGCAAAAAGCAAAGUAUGAGUAGUGCGGACCAGGAAAGAGAGUGGACCAAGCUUGAUAUGUCUUUCCUUUGUUAUUAGUUAGACCCAAGUUGUGUUCAUGAUAAUAGUCAACUCCUUUUCCUUUUCAUCUGUUCAGGUAUAUGCUUGAGUCACCAGUCAAGCUUAGAACUUUUGCUUGUGAACUUGUUCCUUUUAGAAUUUCAGAGUCAGUGUACAUCCAUAUAAACCAUUUGCUAGCAUUAUCAAUUCUAGUAGGUGAAACACAGGAACUCCUGAAUUACUGAAUAUCAGUUUUUUUAAAUUCUGCUGUGAUGAGCAAUGAUAAAAACUAACCUUUAUUGUCAUUCUCGUUCACUUCAUUGGUAGCAACUGAAAACUUGCACUCUGUACUGUGAUCUACAUCAGCUUUCUUACACUUUUACCUAAAUUCAUAGUGAUAUAUACACAUUUUCAAACUGUGAGAAGAUUAUUUGUAUAAUUCCAUUUCGCCAGAGGCUAAGCAAUCAAUUGUGGAGUAAGAGAAAAAAGAUUUUUUGAAAUAUAUAUAUUUAAUUUUGUUACAAGAUAUUUAUGCCUUGACAAAAAAGUGAAUUAUUGUGGUAUUAACUCUGCUAUAAUGAUUGUGUUUCAAACUAAUGGUCUUGCUUGUCCUGCAGCAUAUUUCUGCAGUGAUAGUUCCUUUGCCAAUAUUGAGCUGCAUCCAGAGAGCAACCUCAUGUGUGUCUAAAACUAGAUAUUUUGUGAAUACUGUUGUUGUUCUUUGAUGUUUUGAUCUCAUUUUAAGUACUGGUGGCAUUCAAUAUUGGGCACAGGGACUACUGCUCAUUAGUGGAGAACACCAGAGCUGUGGAUUAUUUGAAGACUUGACACUGUUAUUAAUCAGGAACUUUGUCCAGUUAAAAAUUUCAUUUUUAUCAUGUAUUGUUUCAUAUCUACUAAUUUUACUGGGUGUCAAAUUCAUUUACAACAUAUUUAUGUAAUAAUAUCAUGGAUUCAGUAUGAAUUUCAUGGAAAUAAUGUAUAAGGAAUAUGAUCACUAUAAUCCAUCACAUCAUUGUCUUUUUUGUUCUGUUAAUAAAUUAUGCUCUCAAGAUAUCAGUCCAGCCGAACUUCAGACACUAGUCAUUUGAGAAUAACAAAUUUUUAUAAUAAUAAAAAUUGUUGUACAGAUCUCAUUCAUUCAUACCAGUUAAAAAAAUUAUGUGCUCCUUUGGUGCCAUGCAGUCUAAUGAUUUCUUACAUUUUUCUUGAAUAUUGUAUUACUUAAUGACAGAAACUGCUAUUUGUUUCUUUACAAAAUUUGUUUUUGUUAUUUCUCGAACUGAGCAGUUCCAAAAAAGCAAGAGAUUAAUUUUUGAAAUGUACUCUGGCAAGUUAACAUGUGUUUGGUGAAGUCCUCUAUUACAUAUAUGAAAGAUAUGCUAACAGCAGAUCAUCUGAGCAAAGGUAAUUUCUUUGAGAUAAAUAAAUUCAAAAAAUUAAACAAAAAUUAAAACGUGCAUAAAUAUUCAAUUUCCAAAUAAUUCUGGCCCUAGGAAAAUCACGUAUAAAUAACUAAUAAAACUGAAAACAUGAUAACUAAUUAAUUUUGUUUUUACAGAUCAGGAUGCUUAUUCAUCAUGCUUAAAUUUUGCUAAAAUACAAACCUUUAAAGAUUGCCAGGAGAAAACUGUUGACUGUAGUGAGGUGCAAUUCAAUCUUGUUCUUAACUACGACUUGUAUGUAAGCUACUGCAAGUUCCAUUUUGAUAGAAAGUGUUAUUGUAUGCUGUGCUAAAGUACUUGUGAUUUUCUGUAGAUAAAUAUUCAUAAUUCAUCACUUACAUAAUAGACCACUGUACUUCCCUCUACUCUCUCAAUUCAUUUUCCAGUCUCUACAUCCCACUUCAUGAAAACAUUUAGGUCAUCAUAUUCUUUUUCCUGAAGACAUAGAAUCUUACAUUUUAUUUCAGAUUUAGACUUUUAUCUCAUUCAUAAACUGACAAACAUGUGCAGUCUUUAGAUGGAAGGAUUUCUGAUAUAAGAACCCAGCUGUCAUACUCUUGAGAGCAGUUGAGAUAGAUAUUUCUUCAAAUUGGCUCUAAUUUUCUCUUAUUAUUAUACGGUAGGCAGAAACUGAUAUGCUAUUUUUAUGAAAAUUGUACAAAGUCACUUUAAAAUAGCUAUAAAUCUUCUAGAUAGGCUGAUAGAAAGUUUUUAUCUUGCUCUAGUGCAUUGUGAUUUGUCAGGCACACAAUUGUGAAAAUAUUCAUCAUUAAUCUAUCAUCUACUAAUUAAUACGGGUAGCAACAUUAUCAGUAAUAAUGGUUACAAUAUUAUACAUAGUAAUCAAUUACACUUACGUGAUUGAAGACUACGAAGAACAUUUCAAAAACAGGAGCAAAGAAAAGGUACCUUUGUUCUUCAUUGUGACGGUCUGAACAAUCAUAUAGCAGGUGCUGAUUCAAAAUGAUCUGUGAUAAAAAGCACAACAUGAGUUCACACAUUAUUAACCUUGUUGCUAAUAAGUUAUAGGCAGAGUAAAUAUUAAUCUGCCUUCAUCCUUGUUAUGGAAUAUGUUGAUGAAAUUCUACACUAAUUUCAAACAAGAAAAAUGUUCCACAAGUGCUAAGAUUUCCCAUAAGUCCUAAAUAUUUGAAGAGAAAUAUGCACCGUGCCAGGCUGUGGAACAGUAUACUUUGAAAUCUCUAUUGCAGCAAUACUUCCGUGUGGACAGAUUUUUAAGAUUUUUGUAAAUUCAGAUAUAAAUAUAUUUAUCUUAUCAGUGAAAAUAAUGUUCAGCACAUACUGCAUUCAUGAAAGUUUCAUAAACUCAUCCUCUUGUUAUGCACAUUAUUCAGAUGUAAUGACAUUUGUAAAAGCCAUAAAAUUUCUUCAGUUUCUCGUUCUUGGUGUAACAAUAAUAAAUUUGCAGCUGUAAAUAAUUGUUGUUAAUAAUAUCUGUUUAUAUCUAUUCAUUUGCUCUGAGAAAAAUGUUCUGUAUUUUACUCAGAAAUAAUUUUUGCUUAUUUUAUGAACAAAGACAUAACAAACAAUUUUUGAUCAUCAUACUAAAUCUUUCAAUUUGUCCUGUUUUUAUAAUAAAUAAAUGCAAGAAUUACAUGUAUUUCAUG